AUGUCAAAGGCAUUCGUCGACGGACUCCUCCAAUCGCACAAAGUGGUGGUGUUCAGUAAAUCGUACUGUCCCUACUGUCAUAAGGCUCGCGCUGCUUUGGACUCGGUCAACGUCAAGCCGGACGCUCUUCAAUGGAUCGAAAUCGACGAUCGCAAGGAUUGUGAUGAGAUCCAGAACUAUCUUGGAUCUCUCACCGGAGCUCGCUCGGUCCCACGUGUCUUCAUCAACGGAAAAUUCUUCGGUGGAGGUGACGACACCGCGGCUGCCGCCAAAAACGGAAAACUCGCGAAACUUCUCCAAGAGGCUGGAGCCAUCUAA